AUGGAAUCGACCUCCAAGCAGACGUCCUCGCUGAUCUAAUACAGUAAACAAAACUUUUACAUAACCUUUACCCUCAGAUUGAUUGAGGAGAAAAAAACUUCUCAAGAGUUGAUCAUAAAGUUGUUAGAGAGAAAGGGCCUAUACAGAAUCUAUCAAUUGAUGUCUGCAGUUGAUCCUAGUAAUUUCAAAAUUUAACUGACACCUUCCAUAGUUAUGAGGAGAUUAGCUGCUAAGAUGUUAAUAGAGUUAUCGUUUAGAAAUGAGAAAACUCAGGUAAUGCUCUGUGAAUCGUUCUCUUUCACUCCAAUUAAGGGUUAAGUAGCUCUUAAUCCCAUACCUCAGAGCAUUCAGCACAAAUUACAAAAAGAUCCAUCAAUACUUAAUCACAUCAAAAAUUGCUAUGCCUCUAUAUCAUCUUCCGAAUAAACAAAGUAAAUUGAAGAGACAUAACAUUUUAGCUAGAAAUAUUGGUCUUACCCUGACUUUCAAAGCUAGAAGAGCAAUAACAUCGGUAUAAACUUCUACAAGAAUCAAAAUCACUCACUAGAUGCUAUAUCCUCAGCAGGUGAGGAGGACGAAUCAAAUUACAACUCAAGAGUUCAUGAAUAAAAAGUUUAGGAAGAUGAUCGAGGAGAUUACUAUGCUAAACUUCUUAAGGAGUACCCUGAUCCCUUUGACUAUAUCAUUGGAUUUCACUGUACAUCCAGUCAGGAGUAAAGAAGAUUAGCUGGCUAGUCUCCUUCAGCACUUCCAGUCUACUCAAAUAGCAAACCAAAGUAAGAGAGUCCUAAGUAAAAUGACAACAAGCACUUCAUGUCAACUUCUCUGCCAAGUAACAGAGCAGAUAAGAGGCCGAAAACCUCUGAGAAUAAUUACACUUUGAACUAUGGCGGAAAUAAAUACCAAACUAACUAGAACAAUGGCAGAAAUACUGCUAUGAAUGGUUCUCAUUAAAAUGGAUAAAGUGAACAUUCGAAUCCCUUUGUUAAUAGUUUGAAAGUGCCCUCUGAUAGCAAUGAUCAAGGGUACAUAAAGUACAAUCAACUAACAAGCAGCUCUGUUAAUGAAAACGACUCUGAUUAUAGAAAAGAAAACUAAGAAAAUCCUAGUGGACUUCAAUCUAAAAUUACUACAAAUAAUAACGGAAAUGGAUCGACUACUACUUCAAUGGAGUAAAUCCCUCAUCAAUAUCAAAGCAACAGCACUUGGAAUCCAAGAGACCUAAAAAAAGAAGAAAAUCAUCAGUAGGUGAUUACAAAUAACACAGCAAAGUUGAACUUAAAUGGAACUGGGAACGCUUAUUAACAUAAGAAAAAUGAUUCAGUAAUAGUCUCACACAAGCAUUACUAGCAAGCAUCGCCAAGCAUCCAGUCAAUAGCUAAGAUUGCUUAUCAAUCAGCUAGAAAAGGAUAAUUCGGCAACUAAAAUCAGCCAGGUAACUAUAUUGAUCUCAUUAAAUUUUUAGAGUCUACAAUGCUUUCCCCCUCUAUAAUGAGUAUGAAUCAGUCGAAAUAAGUAUAACCAUCAUUUCCUGAUAAUGCAUUGUUCAACAAAAGUCUUGCCUCAAUGAGUUGGGAGAAGUAAUAGAAAGAUCAAAGCUUGUAUCAAUCAAUCAGCAAGAUUUCAUCUAACUACUACAACUAGGGGUAAUCAAGCAGUAAAAAGGAUAAAAUUUCUUACACCAACAGAAUUAAGAGUCCAUCAAAUCAAUCAGUAGGGAAAAAUUCUCAAUCAAGUUCAAUUGGAAGAUCUAGUGUUGAAAAAAAAUUCUAGCCUUCAUCGAUCUCUACCUUCCAGCAAUCUAAACUUUAAACAGCUGUCCAUUCUAAAAAAACUUCUAAUGGACUUGGCAACACACUCACUUACUCUACUUACAAAGAAAAUAAUAACAACUUAAGAGACAACUCCUAAAAUCAAAGGACUGGUAUUUAUUAGACAAAUUAAAAGGAUGCUAAUAUAGCUCAAUCCUAAUAUGUGCCCACUCAUUUGAGAUAAUUAGAUGAGAAUUUAAAUGAGCAUCAGCCAGGGUAAUACAAGCCUAAUUCCACCUAUGUUGACUAUAAUCCCCCUUCAAGAUCAAAUAAAUAGUCAAUUUCAAUUCAAAUGGAUAUUUAAAGUAAUGCUAAAAAGGUAGCCAAUAAGACUCAAGUAUAAAAUUACAUCUCUGGCUACUCUUAUGACAGUUAAGACAUUGAUGCACAAUAUCAAAGUUUCAAUCCAAAUGCUAAUCAAAAUGCUUAGAUGAGUUUUUACAAUUAAUUUGGAUAGACUACUGAUAGUAAUUAAUAGAACUAUUCUUCAGUAGAGAGGUCAGCUAAUUUAACUCAUGAUUCAAGAUUUCAAGGCACAACUGAGAAAAUGGACAAUUUGAGAAGACUUUCAGAUUCGAUUAAAAAGAAGAUACAAGAAUAAGAAUAUGUAAAUCAGUAAGCUAAGGAGAAAAUGAAAGUAAAAUCCAUUCAUUUGCAGAGUCAGGUUCCCUCGAGUAACUCUACCUAUGUUGCUAAUACUAUGACUAACAAUAGCUCAAGUGUUGGCAGCAGCACAAGAACUUCUUAAACUAGAUAAAACAAUCAAACAACUAAUAGUAGCGUUACUGGGCUAAUAAAUCAGCAUCAAUACUAGCAUUAAAAUAGCAACAACAAUAACAACUAAAGUAAUACUAAAGAUCUCAAUACAUAUUUCUAUUCUUAGAAAACAUAAGUGCCAACCAAUAGACCAUCUGCUCCAUCUAGCAAUAGUUAGCAUACAAUCAAUAACCUGAGACAAGGUUCAACCUCACCAAUGAACAAUAAGUUUAUUCAGAGUACUUAUAUAACUGCAAGUCAGAGUAACUAGCAGCAGUAGUAAUAUCAUAACAAAAGUAACAGUCUAAUGUCAAUGAUCAGUAACUAACUCUCUUAAAAGUUAAACCAUCAGGAUAAAUACAUGUUCAAGAGUCUGCAUGCUUGA